AUGGUGCCUUCCGAUACUGGAUCUGUCCACACCAAAUUUCAGUCGGAGAAUUGUUGCCCACAAAAUAAAUACCCAAAUGUGGUGACUGGUGGAUUAGGUGAAAAAAGUGAAACUGCCCAAAUUACAUUUCAGUCAGAAACUUCUAGGAAUUUAUCAAUUCACCGCAGAACCCAAGUCAAAGGCUUAGAAAAGACUAUUCGCCAAUCAAAAUUUAUUUCCACCACUGAAAACGGACUGAAUCUCAUUCCCAAAACACCCCAAAUAAAAUACCUAAUUCCCAGAAACAGAGAGCAGAAAAUGGAGGACGAGCAAAAGAAGAGCCAACCCUUCUACUGGGGAAACACAACAGAGGAAGAGUAUUACAUUGAACAGGGCAUCAAGUCAACCAAAUCUUACUACACCUCUCCCAGAGGCCUAAAACUAUUCACCAGAUCUUGGCAACCCCCUUCAUCCACCCCUCCGCGUGGCAUCAUCUGUAUGGUCCAUGGCUAUGGCAAUGACAUCAGCUGGACUUUUCAGGCCACCCCAAUCUUCCUUGCCCAAAACGGGUUUGCCUGUUUUGCCCUUGAUUUACAGGGCCAUGGCCUCUCCCAAGGCCUCAAGGCCUAUGUCCCCAAUGUUGACCUUGUUGUAGAAGACUGCAUCUCAUUCUUCAACUGUGUAUUAACCCAAGAUCCAAUUUUGCAAAACCUCCCAAGAUUCUUGUACGGUGAGUCAAUGGGUGGAGCAAUCUGUUUACUAAUCCAUUUCAAGACACCUGAUUUCUUCAAAGGUGCAAUAUUUAUAGCCCCCAUGUGUAAAAUCAGUGAAAAAGUCAGGCCUAAGUGGCCUAUUCCAGAAAUCUUAACAAUUUUUGCAAGAUUUGCACCCACCUUGCCCAUAGUGCCAACUGCUGAUUUGAUGCAAAAAUCUGUCAAAGUCCCAGAAAAGAAAAUUAUUGCUGCUAUGAAUCCCAUGAGAUAUCUAGGGAAACCAAGAUUAGGCACAGUUAUUGAAUUGCUUCGUGUGACAGAUUAUGUUAGUAGAAAAUUGACUGAUGUUAAGCUUCCAUUUAUUGUUCUACAUGGGAAUGCAGAUGUGGUUACUGAUCCAGAUGUGAGCAGGGAAUUGUAUGAAUUGUCCAAGAGUGAGGACAAAACCAUCAAGAUUUAUGAUGGAAUGUUGCAUUCAUUGUUGUUUGGGGAGACUGAUGAAAAUAUUACAAUUGUUCGUGGCCAUAUAUUGAAGUGGCUGAAUGAUAGAUGCUGA